AUGGCGCGAGUACAAAGCCUCUCGCCUCAGGCAUCGGACUAUCAGGGCCGGCCAAACUCUCCUCAACACAUCUCGAAGCGAGACAAAAGACGCAACAUGCUUUCCGAAAAGCUUGUCGAUAUGGUCACUUCGUUCGCCGACAACCGUGACGCUCAUUACCGCGCUCAAGCGACAGCUUUGCAAGCUGACCUCAGCUUAAUCCUCAAAGCAGACCCAUAUUCAAAUAAGCCACUAGAAGACAACGGCUACGACGUCGCAGAGGUUGCUGCCAACGUCACCGGCGGUCAGUCGACAGCUGCACCCAGCCCACAUGGCGAUUUCGCAGCACAAGUUGGACGGUAUUAUUCAAAGUUUGUGGACCAAGUGAACGAUUCGCUUGAAGAGCGUGAUGUUGGCUUAACACUCUUACACAAAAAAUAUGAGAACCAACUCAACGACAUCGAAAAGCUACACGAAUACCGCACAAAACUCGCGGUAGAGGAACAUAAAGCUCUGAAGGGCACCCUGCGUGAAAGACUCAUCCAGCAGCUGAAUCAGAAGAGAUCGCGAUUACUUCGAGAAAAGGAACAACUGGAUAUCGCUGACAGCAACGCCCAGCUCCUUCACCCAAAUCAGUUCACAACUGCACAUUCUUCAAGCCCUGGUGGGCCGCAGGGACCAAGAAAAACUCGAAACACAAGACAGCGUGUUGGUGGUGAUACAGAAGAUGUAGCUGCGACAGCAACAGACAAUCGGCGCAAGCGAAAGGCAGCUACAUACGAAGAAGAAAACGACUCGCCUGGACCAAGUGGACGCAAUGUUGACAUUGGUACUGGAUCGCCAUUCCGCGAUGCCAAAGCGAAGACGGUUUACACCCAGUUCGAAGCACCUGUAUACUCGAUCGACCGACUCUUUACCGAGAAAGAAUUAAGCCUCAGCAGAAAUCAUGCCGAGCACGCCACCAUCAACUUCUUCCGCAAGCCUAAGGUUCCAGACUCCCGAGAAAAUGAAGCUGUGACGAACGGGGUCAACGGUGACCACGCGGAUGAUGAGUCGCACACAGCGAUGCUGGAAACUGAUCAAGAUGACGACGGAAAUGCGCAGGACAUGAUUCGUACAGGCAGCUAUCAUGCCACAAGAGGAGCAGCACGCAAUGCUCUGGGCGAUUACGACAGCCUUACAGAACGUCUCUUCCGCAUACCAUCAUCAGGUCCGGUGUUUUUGACUGCAUCAUUCUCAAAUAUGAUUAACAAGCCAAAUGCUACGGCGCCACCUCCGCCAGCAUUGUUGCCCGGAGACGUGGACGCAGACCUCGCGUUGAUGACGCGCGAUAUCGAUCCAGGCAACCCUCUUCUGGAGAAAGUUUUGCAGCAUUCUGUGAGACCACUACGGACUCGCGAAUAUCAAUACCCGGUGCGACCAGGCGACAUCAAUGAGGGGCCGAUGCCAAUACCGAAUCACUUGUACGGUGGAGAACCCAUGAGUGCGCAGACUAGUCUUGGUGGGCUCAGCGAUGUAGGGCCGUCGGCACUUCGUGGAGGAUCGCGACGAGCAAAUCACCUCGAGGUUACGAGCUACACGCCCGAGCGAUUCCUGAGUCGACAAUGA